UUUUGAUCAAUCUUGCAUAUCAUUUUCUAAUGGACUAUAAUAGCAAAAACAAAUAGGCACAAGAAAUUGAAGGGCAUAUAACAUCUCUAACUUUAUCGGCUCGCGGUCAUGUUCGCUGCUUCACACAGCUUUCAAAACAGUAUUAUUCACUCGAUCCUUGACGACCAAACCAUUCAGGCCUGCAAGUGUUUUAGCUACUUUAAAACCCUAUUUCCAGGCGCAGGGAAAAAAUUCUGCAAAACCCUUUCUCCUAGGGUUUGAUAAAAUGGCUGCUGCAUCAUCAGAUCCUAUCUCGGAAUCACUCCAGCGGUUGCAGCCAGAGCUAGACGCCUUCAACAACUCUCUAUCAGAACUUUGCAGAGCGAACAGCAACAAACCUGAAACCCUCGCGCUGCGCAACGACCUUCAAGAAUACUACAGCAAGCUCCACAAAGAUCUUCUCUCCAGGUAUGAAAUCCUAAAGCAAAAAGAUAGAAAUCAAAAUGCUGUUGAAAAGGUGCCCAAGAUUGAGCCCGAGAUGAAACAACCAAGGAAGGAAGAUGAAGAAAAGAAAGAAGCAAUGAAUGUAAUAGAUGAUUUUGGUGGAUAUUCGAUUCCUAAAGUAUUGCCAACUAUAGUCUGCCGCAGGCUAUUUGCGUUCUGCAAGGGCGUGAACGGGAAAGGGCUACUAAAGUAUGUCAUCAGCAACAGACAAGAUCAUGUCUUGUUGCGUGACCAGUUGCCCGCAGCCUUGGGCAUGGUCAGCCAGGGAGCGCAAGCUGUUGUUAAUGCAAUUAAAGGCUAUGAUUUCUCUGAGAGCGGUUCGAGGCUCAAUGAUGAGAAGGAAUCGGUCAAGAGGAGGGCAUGCAUUUGUCUGUUGGAAUGCCUUUUUCCUGUUUUGGGAAGCAACGAGAAUGCGCCGGUUGCGAAGGGGAUUCAGGAAAGGGCGAGGGAGGUGGCCAAGAUGUGGAGGGAAAAGAUGGGGUUUGAGAAGAGCUUGGAGAGUGCGAGUAAAUUGGACAUACAGGUAUUUUUGCAGCUCUUGGUGACGUUUCGAAUCGGAAAGGAUUUUGGACAGGAUGAGCUUUGUGAGAUGUUGUUGCAGAUUGUGUCCCUUAGAGAAAGUCCUGCGCUGGCUUUAUUUCUUGGAUUGUCUCCCAAAAUGCCAGAUUUUGUGGACAAGCUUUCAAAAAAUGGCAAGUCAAUAGAGGCCAUCAGAUAUGCUCAUGCAUUUGGCAUAAUGGAUAAAGUAAAACUGACGGAUUUGUUGAAAGCCUAUUUAGAAGAUACAGAGAAAGCUGUAAAGGACAUUGUGAAGAAGGGAGGGGGCGUACCAUCUUCUCUGCUUAAUUCAGCGAUGACGGAGAUCGAUGCCAUAAAUACAGUCAUCAAGGUUGUCAAAGAGUAUAACCUGGAAGAUAUGUUUCCACUAGAUGAUUUGCAAAACAAACUCAAGAGGUUGCAAAAAGUUAAAGAGAUACGAAUGGGUACAGGUGAACACAAUUUCUCUAUGAGAAAUAAAGUCAAUAAGAAAGCUGCUGCAUCCACACCAGAGAAGAAGAUGAUGGUAACUACAGUAGAGAAGAAAGCUGCUGAAGCUAAGUCUGACAAGAAAAGUGAUGCCAAAGAAAAGGAAAGGCUUAAAAGGCCACGUUCUUCUGAGCCUCUUAAAGCUAUUGUAGAAUUACGUGGGACUCAGGGCCCAGCAGAUUUAGGGCUAAAUAGGCUAUCACAGAGAGUAAAAUAUGAUUCAGAAUGGGAAAUGAAUAGUACUGCUCGUGAUAAGGAAAAGGUCCCUCACAAUGCUGGUUUAUUUCAGAGUAAUCAUGCGAUUUAUAGGGAUGAUCACAACCUAUCAUCUUAUCAGGGUGAUAGUAGAAGUGCUCUGCAGCCAUCAAUGUAUGGAAGUGGUCAUCCUGGCACUUUUGUGACACCAUCAACCACUGUGACUCAAGCCAAUGAGAGAAGAGUUUCUGAUGGCUAUCCCUCAGCAUCUGGUUACAGUAAUAUAAAGGGCCCAGCAGAUUUAGGGCUAAAUAGGCUAUCACAGAGAGUAAAAUAUGAUUCAGAAUGGGAAAUGAAUAGUACUGCUCGUGAUAAGGAAAAGGUCCCUCAUAAUGCUGGUUUAUUUCAGAGUAAUCAUGCGAUUUAUAGGGAUGAUCACAACCUAACAUCUUAUCAGGGUGAUAGUAGAAGUGCUCUGCAGCCAUCAAUGUAUGGAAGUGGUCAUCCUGGCACUUUUGUGACACCAUCAACCACUGUGACUCAAGCCAAUGAGAGAAGAGUCUCUGAUGGCUAUCCCUCAGCAUCUGGUUACAGUAAUAUAAACCCUGUAGGACCAUCAUAUUAUGAAACUAGGGCAAUGGCCGGUGCUCUCGCAGUCUCAUCAGCACAAAUUAAUUAUGAUGUUAGAGGUCUUCAAAAUUAUACACCAACAUUUGGUGGUGUGGAUAAAAGUUCAUUUGGAUCGUCCACAUAUAAUAUUGGUGCUGUGGCGAACUCCUCAAGCAGUCUGGUGAAAAAUAAUUAUGAGAGGGGCCCUGAAUCAAACGUCUCAACUCUUGGUGGUGAUAAUUUGAGUAACGUGAGUUCAUCAAUGUAUGGUUCUAAUUGGUCAUCUGAUCCAAAUAAUUGGAAUGGCAGAAGAGGCCUUGAUCAGUAUAAGUUAAAAUUAGGGGCAGAUAACACACAUUCCAGGAAUUCAUCAGUAUAUGAUUCUGGUGCAUCUGCAGUGCCAUCAACCAAUUUAUAUGGUUCUGGAUUGGAGCAGAAGAUCUCAGGUUAUGGUAAUACUACAUCCAAUCAUGGAUCUGUGGCUUCUGCUGCUGGUGUGUCAGGGCAAUCUGCGAUAAAUAGGUAUCAGUUCAAUAGUGGCUAAAGAUUUUGAUAUUGUUCUACCAAAAAUUCAUUCUUAUGAAGAGUAUGGUGUGGAGAGCAUUCUGGAUUUGAAGAUCUAAAAUCAGCUUGAAAAUGUGUAAGACUUUAUAUUAAGCUUUAAGGUAGAGUCUAGCAGUUCUGUUUCUUACAACUUUUGGGGUACAUGAAUAUAAUGUUGGGUUCAAAAAUUA